AUGUUGGAUAAUACUUCAACAUUAGGCUCCCUGCUACUUUCACAGAUUCUUUUCUUUUUCUUAGUCUCAUCAUCUUCAUGGACAUCUGCGACUUACACGAUUCAACAGACCUUCUUUCGUUGCCUUUCGGCCAAUUCCAUGAACUCUGUUCCUCUUUCCUCGUAUUACACCCCGAACAAUGUCUCUUCCUUCAUGUCCGUCCUCAAUUCGACGGCGAACAACCUCCGGUACUUGCUCCCGACGGUGCCGAAGCCCAUGAUCAUCUUCACCCCACUGUCUGAGGCCCAUGUCCAGGCUGCCGUCCUCUGCUCGAGGCAGUUUGCGCUCACCAUGCGCGUCAGGAGCGGGGGCCACGACUUUGAAGCGGUCUCCUACGUGUCCCAGAUCGAGUACCCUUUCGUCGUGCUUGACCUGGCCAGACUCCGUGCCAUUGAGGUGGACAUCCCUCAGGGCACUGCGUGGGCCCAGGCUGGGGCCACGGUUGGGGAGGUCUAUUACAGGAUUGCUGAGAAGAGUAAGGUCCACGGGUUUCCGAUGGGCGUGUGCACAAGCCUGGGCAUCGGAGGCCACAUCACCGGAGGGGCCUACGGUUCAAUGAUGAGGAAGUUUGGGCUGGGGGCGGACAACGUGCUCGAUGUCCGAAUGGUGGACGCCAAGGGGAAGAUUCUUGACAGGAAGGCGAUGGGAGAGGACCUGUUCUGGGCUCUCAGGGGUGGCGGCGGAGGCAAUUUCGGCAUAAUCCUGGCUUGGAAGCUAAAAUUGGUCAAUGUGCCUGAGACUAUGACUGUGUUCACAGUCACCAAGACCCUCGAACAAGGCGCGACAAAGCUCCUGUACAAAUGGCAAAAGAUAGCACCAAAGCUCGAUGACAGGCUCUUCCUCAGAGUCAUCAUCCAGGCCUCAAGCGCCAACCCAACGGAGAACCGAACCGUGACAACCUCUUAUAUGGCGCUCUUCCUAGGAGAACCAGACACCCUCCUUUGGAUCAUGGGAAAGCACUUCCCUGAGUUAGGCCUGACCGCUGCCGAAUGCAUCAAGAUGAGCUGGAUCAGGUCGGUCCUGUAUAUGGCGGGGUACCCGAACAACACCACCCGGGAGGUCCUCCUCCAGGGGAAGUCCCUGUUCCGAACCUACUACAAGGCCAAGUCCGACUUCGUGAGGACCCCGAUCCCUGAGAAGGGCCUCUUGGGCCUACGGGAGAUAUACUUCGAGGAGGAGCUCCCGUUCAUGAUAUGGACCCCGUACGGCGGGGCAAUGGCCCGGGUCCCCGAGUUGGCCACACCGUUUCCGCACCGGCAUGGCACACUGUUCAAGAUCCAGUAUUUGGUGUCCUGGCAGGAUGGGACCAAGAAUAUGGCCAGGCAUAUGAGCUGGAUCAGGAAGCUGUAUGACUACAUGGGUCCUUAUGUGUCCAAGAAUCCUAGAGAGGCCUACGUGAAUUACAGGGAUCUUGAUUUGGGCAUGAACAAGAAAGGUGUCAACAACUUGAUGGAGGCGAGUUCCUGGGGUUUGAAGUAUUACAAGAGCAAUUUCUACAGGUUGGUUCAGGUCAAGACCAAGCUUGACCCAGAUAACUUCUUUAGGCACGAGCAGAGUAUUCCUUCUCUUCCUGUGAAGAAAGGGAAUUAGAGAGUAUUGAUUGGUAAGUGCAAGAUAUGAUUGGACUUAUUCAGA